AUGAUCAGGCUCCUUGCGCGGCCGGUGAUCCACAGGCUCCAGAUCGCAAGGCCGCAAUCGCGGAGGCUUUCCGUGAAGCCGUCGGCCCUGCUUAAGACGGCCCCCGGAUGCAGCGCGAGCUGGACCCAAAACACCGAAGAGGUGAUCCUGCGCGUGCCCGUCGACCCGGCUGUGAGGGGCAAGGACGUGCAGUUUGAGGCCCACCCCAAGCGGCUCGCCCUGAAAGUGAAGGGCGAGGAUCUGAUCUCUGGCAGCCUAGCGGACGCCGGCGAGAUCGACGUCGACGGCACCUUCUGGACCCUGGAGGCGGAGGGCGACCAGAAGGUUGUCGUGGUGACGCUCGGCAAGAAGAUCUCCGGCCAUGAGUCGUUCCAGUACCUGUUCGAACAGGACCGGCCGGACACCUCGGUCACCCAUCGGUGCUACCUGGACAUACAGUCCGACAAGCGCGCCGGCCGCAUCGUCCUCGGACUGCACGGCAACCUGGCGCCCCGGACUGUCGAGAACUUCCGGGCGCUGUGCGGCGGCCAGCUGGGGGCGGGGCAGGUGGCGGAGCGGCUGCACUACCGGGGGUCCCCCUUCCACCGCAUCAUCCCUGGGUGA